AUGUGGCUCUACCCUGUGGAAAUUGGCACUAGAGGAUUCCCAGCACAGUCGCUGUGGAGAAUGUUCAGUGCCUUGGGCAUCAAAGGAGCAGACAGGAAGAGAGCAGUGGGCAAACUGAGCCUAGCAGCAGAAAGGGCAUCCACUACAGACUCGAACAUUGAAGAAUACCCUCAGAGUCUUCCGAGAGGGAGGGUGGAAGAAAGACUCAAUAGGACGGAUUUAACGGUAACGACACAGCUAGUCCAAACGACAUUGACUGGAACACCGAAAGUUGUUAGAUGCAGGUGUGGCAAGGUCUGCAAAAACCUCAGAGGCCUACGAAUCCACCAAGCCAGAACGGUGUGUGGUCAGAGAACUGAACAGCAACAGCGCGCAGGUUUGAUCCCUGGUGAGACGCAGGAGGAUCCUAGUCAGGUCACAACCCAUAGUACUGGGGACCUCUCCGCUGCUGAACAGCUCACUGCCCAGACAAGGAGUGCUACUUCGACACUACCUGGCGAGAUGAAGGAUGAAGAGGACCCGCUUCUGGAAUUACUAAGAGAAGAAGAACAAACUGAGCAAAUACACGACCUGCCGCAGCCCAAAGCCAAUCAGGCCGCAGUGGAACAACGACAACCAAUUGACUGGCCGAAGACCACAGACAAAAGAGCCUGGAACGACUUAGACAAGGAGCUAGAUGCCAUACUGACAUCCACCAUGCAAGGACCAGUAGAUAGGAAGUUAAAGUGCAUGACAACUCUAGUCUACACGGUGGCUAAGGAGCGAUUUGGCACCAAGAAAACACGUCGACCAAAUCCCCAGCAGACACCCAACAGGAGACAGAGUCGCAUGAAACAGAUUAGAGGAGAGCUGAAGAGCCUCAACAAGGCAUACAAGAAGGCAAGUCAAGAAGAGAGAUUGGGCCACCAGGAGCUACGAGACAUUCUUAGGAGAGAGCUACAGACUUUAAGGAAGGCUGAGAAUGCGAGAACGGCGAGAAGAAGAAGGGCACAAAAGAGAGCGGAGUUUGUAUCUAACCCAUACAAAUUUUCCAAACAACUUCUGGACAAAGAACGGUCAGGCCAAUUAGAAACCAGUAUGGCACACAUCGAGGAACACCUCAGACAGGUUCACUCAGAUCCAGACAGGUUAAUACCACUCGGGGAUUGCCCAAGACUAGAACCUGUGGUACCCCAAACAUCCCCACUGGAAUGUAAAGAGCCCUCGCUCUUAGAGGUGAAAGAAGUUGUGAGGAAAGCGAGAAUGGGAUCAGCCCCAGGACCAAACAAGAUACCAUACAAGGUCUACAAGAUGUGCCCUCUCCUGCUGCGUAGACUUUGGAACCUACUUAAGGUGAUCUGGAGGAAGGGGAUAAUACCUGAUGAGUGGCUACAUGCCGAAGGUAUAUUUACUCCAAAGGAGAAGAACUCCAAAAACAUCAGCCAGUUCAGAACAAUAUCUUUGCUAAAGGUGGAAGGCAAGAUAUUCUUCGCCAUCUUAGCCAGAAGACUGACAACCUACCUUACCACAAAUGGGUACAUUGAUACGACAGUCCAGAAGGGUGGAGUGCCAGGCUUCUCAGUGUGUGUGGAGCAUACCAGUGCAAUCAGCCAGCUCAUUAGAGAAGCAAAGGUGAACAAAUCAGACCUGACUGUAGUAUGGCUAGACCUUGCAAACGCCUACGGAUCUAUUCCACAUAAGCUCAUCGAAUCAGCCCUCCAGUACUACCAUAUCCCUGAACACAUUCAAGGGAUGAUCAAUGCGUACUUCAGUGGAAUGAAACUGCGCUUCAUGGUUGGCGAGAAUAUGACAGCUUGGCAGAGACUGGAGAAGGGAAUAGUGACCGGGUGUACCAUCUCAGUUGUCCUGUUUGUGAUGGGCAUGAACCUCAUAAUCAACCCUGCAAACAAAGAAACCCGCGGGCCUAAGACAUCUACAGGGUUACACCUGCCAAUAAACAGAGGCUUCAUGGACGAUCUAACCGUGACAACACAGACACACAUACAAGCAAGAUGGGUACUGAAAGUAUUGGAGGAGGCAGCCACCUGGGCUAGAAUGAAUUUCAAACCCAAGAAGUCCAGAAGUCUGGUCAUCAAGCGCGGAUCAGUCACAAAACGGUUCACCCUACAAGUCCAAGGGGAAGAAAUACCAUCAAUUAUGGACAGUCCCACAAAGUGCCUGGGCAAGUGGUAUGAUUCGAGCCUUAGUGACAAAGCAAACGUAGAGCGCAUCAGAUCACAGCUCCAGGAAGGGCUGAAACAAAUUGACAAAUCCGCUUAA